UUAUUGAAUUGUCCUGACGUGACAGGGGCGGAGCCUCACCUUUAAAGGGUACAGCGACUAAAGUUUGAGCUCAGAAGAAGGAAAGUUGUUCAACGAAGGAACCAACGAGGCGUCUGAAGUGAGAUUCUCCGGCUUUUUGGGCAUUUUGUCCACAUUUAUCUCCUGUUUUGGUUCGAAUUCCACCUAAACCAACAUGGCAAACGGACACGUGGAAAUCCACGACCCCUUCACGAACGGCCUCAAAAGCAGCGGCGGUGGCGACGCGGACGAUGCCUCGGGCAUGGAGGACACGGUGGAGUUCAGGAUCAUGAUGGCCUACUCCACGAGGAGACGAGUCAAGGAGAACGGCUUUGUGCCCGUGAGCGGGACGGUGUCCCCACAGACGCCGCUGAACGAGUACGGCUCUGACAACGACACAGAGAAGAAGAAGAAGAAGAAGAAGAAGAGGGGGAAGGGGAUGAAGGGGUGGAAACGCUUCUUCAGCUGCGUCAAACCACGAACAAGCGACGAAGAAUCAGAACCACAGUUAGAAUGUGGUGACAAUAGAUUCAGACGUAUUUCACCAGAUAUCGUAGUCGUGGCAGAGGAGGACAUGCAGGAAGCGGAGGACAUGCAGGAAGAGGAGGACAAGCUGGGAGAAGUGGCAAUCCGGCUGACUGAAAUCGCGGAUGAAAUCCCGUUUGUGCCUUCAGAUUUACAGACGGACAAUCCAGAAGACAAUGUGGAGAGACUGAUCGGUCUGCUGCUGAGGGAGGCUGGAGACCGACUGGACGAACGGGAGCUCAGAGACGUGUCUUUGGCCGGAGAGCUUUUUUGGAACUACUCUUUCUUUAAGACGGUAAUCACGGAGCUGCUCAUGAGGAUGGGCCUCAGCCCCUCUGACCCUGAAUCUCCGGGCCCGCGAGCGUCGCCCAGAACCCAGAUAGCAGUGACCUGUGAGGCCACGAGUCGCUUGACAGCGUUGGACACGCUGCCCACGAACCGGCUGUUGGGCUACGGAGCCAGGUUUCUGAGUGAAAAUUAUUCAUCCUGGGUUCAAGAGCAGGGCGGAUACGAAGACGCGUUUGAGAGCGACGACGAGGACGAAGUCCACUGAGCCGAGACGAUUCCGUCUCCCCGUUGGACAUCUCGCUCAGACUGGACCUGCAUCCAGGAGCCCCGCCCGCUGUGAAACCACACACGUGUCAAGUCGCCUGUCGUUGCCAUGACGUCAUAAUUAAAUAACUUCUGGCCAAAGUGUUUACGGCGUAGCCUCCGAAGCCUCCUCGCGGUAUAUGAAGAAUCAAAUGUGACUUUUGGAUGUUAACACACAAGUGACGACACAUCUGCUGCAUGAUGCGUCAGAGAAACACUCACAGGAACCUCUGAGCCAGAGGAGAGAACGUUUGUCUUUGUGCUUUAUCUUCCUGCUUUUUUUCUGACAAAGAAAUAAAAAAAAACUUUAUUUGUGGGGUUUUCAGGCUGUAGACUUCUACAUUGAAAUGUGGUUUAAGAAACAUUUUAAAAUAAGUAUUGUUGAGCACUUGCACUUGCACUUUCUCCUAAAGCAAAUAAAUGGAAACUAUUUCGCUUUUUGAUACAUGGAUUUGCUUUUCUGUAAUUGUUGCUGGUGGACGUUUUUUUUAUAAAUGUGAUUUGCUAAAGUCGUACUGUACUCUAUGAAAUGUGUGACUGAGUACUUGUUGUUCUCAGUCGUUGUGAUUACUUUAUUGUUUCUUUUGUUUGCUGGAAACGGUCUUAAUUCUACUUGUGUCAUGUUUUAUUUAUAAUAUGAUUGUAUUAAGAUGAACAGAAACGAAAAUCAUUUCCAUUAAAUAAUUUAAAGCGAACAAUAAAAUGUUUUACUUGUAA